AAGAGUCUGCGCUUGGGGACGCGCGCGGGCCGACGAUUGCCCGGGAAAGUUCGGAUCGAAUGGGGGAAGCGGAGCCGCCCAGCGCUGGCGCGCGAGGGACCCCAGGGGGCAUGAGAACCAGCAGCAGCAGCCGCCGCAGUUCCCGCGCGGGGUCCCCCGCCUCCAGGCGCAUCGACGUGGCCAGCAACGCCCCGCUGCUGCUCCCGCCCGCCAGCACGGCGGCCUCGCUAGAAGCAGAGGGAGCUCAUAAUUAUUUUUUGUUGGAUAUUCCUGUCACCCGACAACAGCUCUGUCACUAUCGUAAUGCAGCAGAAACGGCGCACAGUGAACUUGCAGCGCUCACAGCGAAGUAUGAAUGUGCCCAGGCAGAGCUGCUAGAUCUUAAAUCCAAAAUAGCCUGUAAAGAAGUCUCUAUUGAGGAUCUGAAGGCUGAAAUUGGAAGCUUUAAGGAGAACGAUGCUAGGCAAUCUUCUCUACUUUUGUCUGUGCAAAGUAGACUCCAUGAGAUUGAGAAGGAGUGCAAUUUAAUAGCCAUUGCUAAAAAACAAGCAGAGGAAAAAGCACAAGCCCUUCUUCAGGAGAAUUUGGAAUUAAAGGAGAAAAUCCAUGAACAAGAACUUCAGAUCAGAAAAUACAUCAGUGAGUCUAAAGAGAGCAAGACCCAAGCCUCGCAGGCUAGGAGGGAACACAGUGACUUCAUUGAACAUCUUUGUCAUUUCUUUGAUAUGGACAUAGGGGAAGAAGAGCCACAGGAUCUUCUGCUCUCAAAGGUUGAUGACAUGCAUAAAGAAAAUGCAGUACUAAAAGGACAAAUCACAGCACUAAAAGAGAAUGUAAGUGUUCAUGAGAUGGAAUCCAAAGCUAAUAGAGAAACCAUCACACGACUUGUAUCAGAAUUAAGCAAAGAACAGGGGAAAGCAGUGGCCUGUUCUCAAGACAUGGAAAAGCUAAGAAAUGAUCUAAGCAGCAGUACCAAGGCGAAGCAGAAUCUUGAGAAGGAGAUCAGAAACCUCCAAGGCAGGCUGGUUGCUAGUCAGAGGGCAUGGGAAACCUCACAGGAAGAACUGAUCCACUUAAAGAAAUGUUGCAGUGAAAAAGAAGAGAAACUGAACAAUAGUAUAGAAGAGGCCAGGGCUCAAAAGAGUGUGCACAAUACAUUUAAAGAGCAAAUGGUCACUCUUCUUGAGGGCAGUUCCAUUAUAGUGAAUCCAGUAGUGGAGGAUAUUGUGGAAAAAGUUCGAGAAAUGUGUCUGAGAGAGGAGAGUAAAAAAAGGAUAGUGUCGCAGCUUGAAACCCAGAUUGCUAAACUGACAGAGACGCUGGAGACACAGGCUGUGUUGCACAAAGAGGCCUUGACAAGGACCAGAAAAGCAGAGAGCAAUGCGGAGACACUUCAUGAUCAAUUGAUGCGUCUGGAAGGGGAGCUGGUGUCUGGGGACAUGAUAAGAGAUGCUUUGAAGCUUGAGAAGGAAAAAUAUCUUAAGUUUCUGGAUCAACUUUCUGAAAAGAUGAAUGUGGUCAGGGUGGCAGCUGACAUUGGAUUUGACAUGAGAUUGGAUACAAUAUUGGCUCGUGUGGAACAAUUAGUCAAACUGGAAGGAGAUACGUUGACUGAAAAUAAGAUCAUAGCCCGCAAUCUCCAAAGAAAGUUGAAAGCUCAGAAGGAGCAGCUUGAGAACAAAGAGCUCCAGAUUAAGCUUUUGCACCAGAAGAUAGUUCAGCUGGAAGAAGAGAAGCAUGUGCGCACAGCCCUGGCCGUUGAACGAGAUGAGGCCAACCUUACUGUCAGGAAGUUACAAAAGAAGGUGGACAGACUUCAGAAUGAACUUUCCUUGGCAAGAGAAACAAAUACAGAUCUUAAGGUUAAAUUGGCUGACGCCAAUGAACUGAAGAUCAGAACACUGGAGCAGGACAAAACGAUAGAAGAUCUAAGUAAGUCCCAAGAGAAAUUGGAGAAGAUGAAGGCAAAAGCUGAGAAGCAGCUGAGUUCUGUUAAGUCUGAGUUGCAUGUUCUAGAACAUGAAGCAAAGGAGAAUAAAGAGAAGGCCAAAAACAUGUUGGGAUCUGUUACCAGUGAGCUGAACACAGUUAAAUCUGCUUUAGAGGAAGUAGUGAAAAGAAAGAAACAGCUGACAGACUUCAGGGAAAUAGUUUCUCGGAUGGUGGGACUCAAUAUUGCCACCGCCAGUCUUCCUGACUAUGAAAUAAUUACUCGCCUAGAGAGGCUGAUUCAGUCUCAUCAGCAUCCCUUUGUUCCUUGUGUGUGCUUCCAAGACAUGCCACUGAGACAAGAUGGAGCACUACAACUUCUCCACUGAAAGCUUCCUCUUUGCAUCAGUAACAAAGGCUGUGGAGUUUGUUGUUGUUGUUGUUGUUGUUGUUGUUGUUUUCUCUUUGCCAGUGUAAAAAUUCCAAACUUUCAGUCCAAAGCUCUGGAGUUAAAAUAUAUACCGUCCACAGUAUAAAAGCUUUUGAAUAAUGUCAGCACUAUUGUAAAGAAGAUGAACAUUGCCUACCAAAUAAAUGUAUCUUAAUAACGAAGGCUUUCACACCCGGGAUCCAAUGGUUGUUGCAGGUUUUUCAGGCUGUCUGGCCGUAUUCUUGAGGACAGAGUUCUGA